AUGCUGCGCCGCAGGAUGGGAUACGCCGACCCCUCGUCGGGUAAAGACAUUCUCGGCAAUCGCUCCCUUUGUUUCAUAUUCAUUUGCGCCUUCGGCCUCGUCACGUUACUGCAGCAGAUCCUCUACGGGAAGAACUACAUCAAGAAUGCGCAACAGUUUAGCCGACUCAAAGGGGACGAGACAGGAAAUUGGACCGGUCCCGUCAAUUUCUCGGAUGACGGACCGCUGAAGCCUGCCAGAAAUGGAAGGAAAAGAUGUUUCCGUCAGAAUAUUCAGCCAGAUUCAAAGAUCUCCGUAGUAGUCACACCCUGCAUAGCCGGUAUUAAGAAGAAAAAAAAACGCUCUCAAAGGUAUCUGGAUAACUAUGAUGGCUCCUUUGAGUACAACUCCACUGCAUGCAGGGAGCUCAGGCAGGAGAUUAUGGAUGUCAAAGUCCUGACAAUGGUGAAAACCUCUGACCUGUUUGAGAGGUGGCGGAACCUGCAGGUGUGUAAGUGGGAGCAGAACAAGGAGGAGGCCAGCAACUUCAAGAUGUCUCUGUCUCGCUGCUGUAACGCUCCUUCCUUCCUGUUCACCACCAAGAGGAACACACCUUCAGGCACCAAGCUGCGGUACGAGGUGGACACCAGUGGUAUCCUCCCCAUCACCACAGAGGUCUUUAAGAUGUUCCCUGAUGAUAUGCCAUAUUCCAAAUCGCAGUACAAGAAAUGUGCUGUCAUUGGAAAUGGCGGCAUCAUCAAGAACAGCAAGUGUGGAAAGCAAAUCGAUUCAGCAGAUUUUGUAUUUAGGUGCAACAUCCCACCCAUUGUUGAGAAGUACUCAGCGGAUGUUGGCACUAAAACAGAUCUGGUGACAAUAAAUCCGAGCAUUAUUACUGAGAGAUUUCAGAAGCUGGAGAAAUGGCGACGUCCGUUUUACGAAGUCCUCCAGAACUACGAGAACUCCUCGGUGGUGCUUCCAGCCUUCUACAACACCCGCAACACAGACGUCUCUUUCAGGGUCAAAUACAUGCUGGACGACUUCGACUCGCAGCGAGGCGUGUUCUUCUUCCACCCGCAGUACCUGCUCAACGUGCAGCGCUUCUGGGCGGUGCAGGGCGUCCGGGCCAAGAGGCUCAGCAGCGGCCUGAUGCUCGUGACCGCCGCCCUGGAGAUGUGCGAGGAGGUUCACCUCUACGGCUUCUGGGCGUUCCCCAUGAACCCCUCCGGCAUCUUCAUCACCCACCAUUACUACGACAACGUCAAGCCACGGCCGGGCUUCCACGCCAUGCCUCACGAGAUUUUCAACUUCAUUCACAUGCAUACUCGCGGGAUCCUCCACGUGCACACGGGGCAGUGCACGUGA